AUGAGGUGUACUCUGUUGUGGUUGUGGCUGUUGGUUGUUGGCACCUGGCAUCGAUCCUCGAGCCCUGCGCCGCGACGACUGGGCGACACGACUUUUCGGUAUCAAGACUUAGAUCCAAGACGCAAGGAAAUACGUCUCCUCCGUAUCCUACCCGAAAUAACAUCCAUCAUCAGAUGCGAGCUAUUCCCUGUAUCAUUGGACAACCGCUGCCCGUAUAUCGCUAUCUCGUACGCUUGGGGGGACACGGAUGAUACGCGGAUCAUUAUCCUCGAUGGGCACGAGUUUGUUGUUACCGAAAGCUUGAUGCUCGCUUUCCAAAGACUACGCUCCAAGUCUGCUCCAGUUAUCGUGUGGGCAGAUGCCAUUUGUAUCAACCAAGGAAACAUUGAAGAACGAAAUCAGCAAGUCCAAACCAUGACAAGGAUCUACCAGCAAGCAAUUGAAGUAGCAAUUUGGCUCGGGCCGGAAGCUGAUAAUAGCAAUAUGGCUCUCGAACUGUUGUUCGAGCUCUAUCGACAUAAAAGUUCAAAGACAAAUAUCCUUGCAAUUAUUCAAUCACCAAAUCGACGGGACUCCUUUACUGCGUUGGUUGCUUUGUUUGAUCGCGAAUAUUGGGGAAGAUUAUGGGUGGUACAAGAAGUUCUAAACGGAAACAAUAAGACGGUUUAUUGUGGUUCGAGCAGCUUACCUUGGAACAUCUGUGUUACUGCUUCUGAUAUUCUUCGACGGCACUACGCGGAUCUGUUACUCGCCUUUCUAUAUACCAAGGGUGUAGCAGCAAUAUCUGCAAGUGGUCGAACCUACCCUGGACAACUUAGUUGUGGCGGCCCAUCUGUUCUGCAUGACUUGAGAGAGGAUGGGGCUUCGUGUGGAUGGCUAGAUGUCCUAUUAUACCACCAAGAGAAAAAUUGUGCCGAGCCAAGAGACAGACUUUACGGCCUUUAUGGCAUUCUACCCGAGCACGAAUGGUCUCAAUUUUCAGUGGAUUACAACAAGCCGGUGAGAGAAGUUUAUAUCGAUGUGGUAGACUAUCUGCUUACAACGACCCGGCGUCUCGAUGUCAUUUGUGCAAGCAUCAAUUUCCCUGUACAUCAAAAUACACAUGGAAUGCCGUCGUGGUGUCCAGACUGGUCCCAACGUCGACGAAUCUUGCCAAUAGGAUAUCGAUUUUCUGGAUUCUCGGCAUCAGGAGCGUUGGAGCCAAAAGCUACAUUCUCUGGCAAACGUCGAAUACUUAAUGUUGCCGCUAUCUUUCUCGACACGAUCACAUCAUGCGGAAUUCCUCUCAAUCCCCCGAUUUGUAAAGGAGCGCUGUUAAUGGCCUUCUUCGAAUGGCGAGAGAAGCUCAAGGAGGUCCAAGGAUUCAACCAAGCGGAUCACGAAGCAUUCCACGAAGCAUUCUGCAGAACUCUCUCUUGUGGUCAACUUCCAGACGAAUACACGCCGAAAGAUUGGUUGGAAUGGACAUAUCGCACUUUUGCCCUUGGUCUACUUGGUCGUUAUCCCCAUUUAAAAUUAGAUCCUCAUCUCAUGUCAUAUGUUCAGAAUUUCGUUUCUCUUUCUUUGGGUCAGCAAAAACAGACGCUUACGGAAAAUUUUACAAACGCGAUGACGGGGAGGUGCUUCGCUACUACACGUAACGGCCUUUUGUGCCUGGGUUCUGGUGCGUUGCAAGUGGAAGAUAUUGUUUGCGUUCCGCUUGGCUGCUCAACUCCUAUCAUCCUUCGCAGGCGAGGUGAUGGAUUUACGUUUAUUGGCGAUAUCUAUGUCGAUGGGUACAUGGGUGGGAAAGCAAUUGAUGAUUGUAACAAUGGAUGGCUGAAAGUGGAAACGUUUGCCAUACAUUAG